AUGCCGGCCGACUACUCUGCUCUGCCGAACUCCACAGACGCCGCCGAAUCGAAAGAGAAUGAAGCCGAACCAGAACCUCCGAACGCGCAGAGAGCCGCUCAUAGAAGGCUCUCCUUCUAUACUCAGUUACUACUCCUCAACAUCUUGGUCGCUGCUCUGGGUGUUCUCUCUACCGCGGUUUAUGUGAGAGAUCAGAAGUACAGUCCUCGUCCCCCCCACCCACUGGAAUGUAGCUGCGGCUCUUCUCUCGCCGAAGCGAAGAAACUGGACUGCAAAUACGACAGCUUGUCGGUGUCUUGGCUGCCGCCACACUGUCGUGACGACGAGCUUACCGCUGAGUUCGAGCGCGCUGGCCCUGGACCCAACGGGUCUUGGCCGUACUACAAAGAUAAUGCCGCCAACGUAUCUACAAACAUUGGCGAAAUCUCUCUUUUAGUCGACUUGCCUUCCGACCAGGCAUACUUCUACACCACAAAUGGCUGGCAUGUAGCACAUUGUGCUUUCUACUGGAGGAAACAGUAUAGACUGAGAGAUAAAGGAUUCAUGACAGAGAAGCGGUAUGACAAGGAAAGUCACAUUGAGCAUUGCUACGAUGUAUUCAAGUCUGAAGAUCCAAAGCAGGCAGUGAAGGUUGCGGCGCCGGUGUGGCUUGGUGGAGACGGCUCUGACGGCCAUGGUGUAUGA